GGGGGGGGAACAGGGCUCACUGGCAAGGCAGAGGACAGGGGUCACUGCUGGCAAGGCAGAGGACAGGGGUCACUGCUGGCAAGGCAGAGGACAGGGGUCACUGCUGGCAAGGCAGAGGACAGGGGUCACAACUGGCAGGGCAGAGGAAAGGGGUCACAACUGGCAGGGCAGAGGAUGGGAGUCACUGAUGGUAGGGCAGAGGAUGUGAGUCACUGCUGCAGAGCAGAGGACAGGGGUCAACUGGCAGGGCACAGGACAGGGGUCAACUGGCAGGGCACAGGACAGGGGUCAACUGGCAGGGCAAAGGACAGGGGUCAACUGGCAGGGCAAAGGACAGGGGUCACAACUGGCAGGGUAAAGGACAGGGGUCACAACUGGCAGAGUAAAGGAGAGGGGUCACAACUGGCAGGGCAGAGGAGAGGGGUCACAACUGGCAGGGCAGAGGUCAUAAAUGGUAGGGCAGAGGACGGGGGUCACUGCUGGCAGGGCAGAGGACAG